AUGGCUCCCGAAUUGAGGAAGAGAACCAGAUCGGUUACCGCGGCUGAAAAGCCUGCGGCGAAGAAGGCAACCAAGGCCGAGAAGGUCGAGCCCGCGGCCAAGAAGACCAAGGUCGAGAAGCCUAAGGCCGAGAAGGUCGAGAAGAAGGAGGAUAAGACCCCUAAGCGUAAAGCACCCGAGGAGGCCUCCCCCGUUGCGACGAAGAAGCAGAAGCCCGCGAAGGCGACCCCCAAGUCCAAGAAGGCCGCGCCCAAGCCCGAAGCCGUCGAGGAAGCCGAGCCUGAGACCACCGAGGUCGUCGAGGAGGUCGAUACUUCUGUUAUCCCCGUGGAGGAUGCCACCGACUCUGAUGACGAGGUUGACGCCGACAUUCAGGCCCUUGCCGCUGGCUUGGACCCCGAGGAUGCGCCGGAGGGUGAUGGCACCGUCUUCAAAGCCGGCCAGGACGUCGGCAAGGUUCCCAAGUUCAACAAGAAGCAGAAGAAGUUGACGGAAGAAUCAAGCGAAGAGCCCGGCGUGGUCUUCAUCUCCAGACUCCCCCACGGUUUCUACGAGCACGAGCUGAAGGGCUACUUCUCGCAGUUCGGCCCCAUCAACCGGUUGAGACUUGCCCGUAACAAGAAGACCGGUGCAAGCAAGCACUGGGCCUUCAUUGAGUUCGCCGAGGAGAGCACUGCUGAGAUUGUUGCGAAGACCAUGGACAGCUACCUCCUUUUCGGUCACAUCCUGAAGGUCAAGACUGUUCCCCGGGAGUCGCUGCACGAGAACCUGUGGAAGGGAGCCAACAAGCGCUUCAAGAAGAUCCCCUGGAACAAGAUCGCUGCCAAUGAGGUCGCCAAGAAGAGAACGGAGUCGAAUUGGUCUCACAAGGUAUCCAAGGAGGAGAAGAAGCGCGCAGAACGUGCCGAGAAGUUGAAGGAGUUGGGAUACGACUUCGAGGCUCCUAAGCUGAAGGAGGCCGUUGCACCGCCGCCGGAGCCUAUGGCCAUUGAUGCACCUGAGGAGACCAAGGCCAUCGAGGCUGCCCCCGCCGAGGAGGAGACUGCCCCUACGGCGACGGAAGAGGUUGAGGAGGCGGAGAAGCCCAAGGCGACAAAGGGCAAGGCGAAGAAGGGUGGCAAGGCGAGGAAGAGCAAGGCCUAA